GGCAGAAAUUUCUGGAGCCUAGUACUGUAGCUGGUUACCUCUCUUGUUCCCCUUCAGUUAGUUAGAUCCGGGUCGGCGUUGGAUAGAGAUGGCGGGAAGCGUUUAGUACAUGAUCCUUCUCGUAGUCCGGUUUCCGUGGGUUCCUCGCGCUCAAUACAUUCCCCCGGUUACAUUCCCCUGGUUCCCUGUGCUAGUGUGUCAAUCUCGUCCCGCUUACGAGUACCACUACCGGUCUCACAUUCCGUCUAAAAUUCCGUCUCCAUGCCGACGUCAACGGACGGAGCGCAAGGCGCUCCGCCUCAAGGGCCUCUCGCGGCGCGCGUGAAAACAUACACGUCGGUGCAAAAGUUCAAGGAUAAGCUGAAGCUGCGCACGGCAGCGGGGGGAGGUGAAGCCAGCGGUUCGGUUUUGACGCCUGGGGGAGGCAGCGCGCGGCCGAUGACGGGCGGCGAUCAGGGGAAACGACUGCUGUCCCAGUCGGCUGUAAAUCGAUGGCUAAAAGUGAACUCUCAAGACGCCGCCAAGUGCGCGGAAGCCGUCCACAAGCUGCUAGACGAGGGCGCGGAUUCGUUCGGCAAGCGCGCGGAGCUGAUGUACGCGCGCCGCCCAGACAUUCUCCAGCAGGUCGACCUGCUGCACAACCGCUACUUAACUCUCGCGGCGCGCUACGAGCAGCUAUUCGUCACGUCGACGCACUACGCCGCCGCCGCCGCCGCCGCGACAGCGAAUGCCGCGGCCGGGGAAGGCUUGGAGGAGGGGCUACUCUCUCCGCUUAUCAGCCCCGCGGGUUCCUCCGCCAAGCUGGCGGAAGACGGGGCUGGGGCGGAGGGUGCGGGGAAGGGCAAGGGGGGCGAAAUGUUUGUUGUCGAGCAGGAUGUGACUGCGAUCGAAAAGUUUUUUGGGCAGAUUUUGGGCAGUUUGGACAAGGUUUUGAAGGAGGAAGCAGGGCAAGGCUCGUGGGAGGAACUGGUUGGAGCGUUAUCCGAGCUGAAACUGGCAGGGGAGGGGAAGGCCGAGGGGAAUGCGGAGGAGAACCGCGAGGAGGAUGCGGAAGCUAAGGGAGCUGACGUGUCUAAGAUAGCCCUAGCGCAGGAAGCGGUGGGUCGUGCUAAGGAGCAGCUUAGUACGCUCGUGCGACGGUUUAAAGCCGUCGCGGAGGAGGAGGAAGCGCUGAGGCAGAAGCUGGCCUCGUUAGAGUCACUUGAGGAGGAAAACGCGAUGCUGCGGGAAAUCGUGGAGGGGGAGGCGGAGGCGGGCGCGGGGGCAGGGGAAGGCGCGGACGGCGCAGCGGGGGGCGGAGGCGGAGCUGGCGGAGGCGGAGGCUCGGCUGGCGGAGGCGGAGGCGCGGGCGGAGGGGGAAAGGGUAAGGCGGGGAUGCGGGACGACGAGAAGCAGGUUGCGCUGGAGGUUGAGGUGGGGCAGCUGAGGAUCCGAAAUAUGGAUCUAAAGCUGAAGCUAGACCGCCUCUCCGCUGCGCUGAAGGACUCCCGCGAGAGAGAGGCGCAAGCCGUGAUCGCCCUUGAGAAGGUGAAGGAAGAGGGGGGAAUAGUGGAUGAGGAUGCGGGGGAAGGGGAGGGGGAAGGAGCGGAAGGAGAGGGGAUUGGGGGUGGGGGGAGUGAGGAGGGGAAGGGAGGGGAAGCGGAGAAGGGGGAGGAUAAAGCGGAGAGUGAGAAGGGCGGUAAGGAGAAGGAGGAGGUGGCGAGGGAGGUUGAGGCGGGGCAGUGGCGGAUAAAGCAGAUGGACCUGCAGGUGACCAUAAAGAAGCUGCGGGAGGAGCUUAAAACGAGGACGGAGGAGCAUGCGGCAGAGGUUGCUCAGCUGAAGGCUCAGGUGCAGCAGAAUAGCCUAGAGGGAGGAGGAGGCGGGAAGCAAGAAAUGGAGGAGAGCAGAGUAGCAGGAGGACUGGGGAGUGAUCUGGCCAGUCCCACUGGUAGCGACGUGUCUACUGCUUCUGCUGGUGCCUCGGACCCUGCCGCCGCCGCUGCUGCUGCUGCUGCCUCUGCUCUCCCUCCUACCCCCUCUGCUUCGGGUUCCGCGCCAGGAACACCCGGAGCACGGGCAUUGACUCGCGUGCUCUCAGGCUCGGGGGGCGAGAAAGCAGGGGCGAAGAGGAUGUGGGUCAUGGGGGGGAGGAUGAUGCCUGCCGUUGAAUCUGCUGGUGCAUGUGUUUCAGGAGCGGGUUCUGAAAAUCAAGAGGAGGGUGGCCGGGCAGCUCCGAAAGAAAAGGAUCAGUACACAGUGGGGCUGGAGGUGGAGGUCGGGCAGCUGAAAAUAAAGAACGGGGAUCUGAAGAUGAAAGUGGACAAGCUGCAGAAGGAGACAAAAGAGCUACAGGAGCAGCUGGGGGCGGCAAAGGACGAGGUUGAAACGUGGAAGAAAGACGGCGUGCUUAAGGAGGUCCUGGAGGCGAAGGAGAGGGAGGUAGAGGCGCUUAGGAGGGAGAUGGAGGAGGGGAAGAGGCAGGCGAGUGGGGCUGCGCAGCGGAAGGAGCAGGAGGAGAGCGCGGUUGCGCUUGAUGUGGAGAUGGGGAAGCUGCGAAUGAAGAACAUGGACCUCAAGAGCAAGGUGGAGAAGCUGCAGCAGCAGGUGCGCGAGCAGAAGGAGCAGCUGGGGGGACUUGGCAAGGCAGGGGCGGGAGGAGGAGCAGGAGGCGAUAGUUUGGGAGGGGACGGGGAAGUGGGCAAGCUGCGUGCGCAGGUGAAGGAAGUGGAAAGGACGAAAGCGCUUCUGGAGGAGGAAGGGAAGAGGAAGGACGAGCGGAUCAAGCAAUUGGAGUCCGAGGUGAAGUCCAAGGUAGUGGAGAUGGGUAUGCUGAAGAGGAACAUGCAGAGGGUGGAAGGCGAGCUUAAGGAGAUGGGGGCCACUCCUGCGAAGAAGGACGGCGGGAAAGGGAAGUGGGGGUCGGUUGGGAAGGUCGCGAUGGCCGCUGCAGCAGCCACGGCUUUUGCAGCAGCAGCGGGAGGAGGGGGAGGAGGGGGAGGAGAAGGAGCGGGAGGAGGAGUAACCAUGGCAAGAAGAGCGAGCGGCGGGGGAGCAGACGAUCUGGUCGUGGUCCAGGACAGGCAAGGGGAUGGUGAAGCAGCAGGGGUCAGCUCAGACGAGGAGGUGCAGCAGCUGCGAGCAGCACUCAAGGCCGCGGCGCACAAGGUGCAGGUGCUGCAACCGAUGGCUGCGCUGAACGAGAAGCUGGUGAAGAAGCUGCAGGUUCUGGAGGAGGAAAAACGGGCUCUCCAGGACCUCCUAGAGCAGGUGCUGGAGAGGAGGAGAGGCAGGGCUGCAGGGGGAGGGGGAGGGGUGGUGGGUGGAGGAAGUGGAGCGGGAGGAGGAGGAGCGAUGAGUGCGGAGGAGGAGCAGCGGCGGCAGGAGUUGCUCGAGAGGCUGAGGGCCAAGGGGCUGGUGGUGGAUGAUGUGGAUGAUCUCUGUGAUGAUGAGCUGGCUGAUGGACCGGGGUUGGGGUUUGGGCUCUUUUCGUGCCUGUUCCAGAGCCGAGGCAUGGCUCGACUCAUGCGGUGAGAAAUAUGGGGUGAUGAGAGUCCUUCAUGGAAGGUAGAGGGGAAGGGGGGGGAAAGGAGAGUAUGGGAAGGGAAGAGGGUUUUGGGAACGAGGGUGCCGUGCGAAACGGAGCAUGAGUCAUGCGUGCAAGAUGCAGAGGCGGAUGAUGAGGCCCGGGCAAGGCCUCAAGAUAGGAUUUUAGGCAUCCUGGCCAAUCAGGGCGGGCCCCCCAAGAAACGUGUAGCCGUCAGGGCUGGUCGGAUAUGUUCAUUCUGAUUCCUCUGGGUGGUUCUCCAAUUAUAUACUAUGUACAGGCCCCCAAAUUGGUUUUGGGUCUGUCUGAUUCGUCAGAGUCCACUGCCUUCCCUUGGUAUGGGUGUCAGAGUUGCCUCCUUGAAAAAGUCUGAAAAAUCAGAGUAGCCUACAAUUUUUUGUCUGACCAAUCAGAGUCAUAGCCAAACUUUAGUA